GAUAAACAAAACUAAUCUGUAUUUGACAUUCAUGGGACAUCUGUGAAUUCUCCAGGUGAGCUAUCAAAUGAUCAAUCACCAAACCAUGCGCAUGCACACACCUCUUAUCCAAAGUCAAACAUUUGGCGCCAAAGCUGCCACAACCUUUCAAGUUUCAACUGCAGUUAGGCAGCCACCUUCCCGCCUUUCGCUUCCUCGUAUCUUCUCCAGCUACUACUCCUUUCCCUUCUCCUUCUCCUUCUCCCCAUAAAACCACGGCAUUGUAGCAGACGUUACUAUCAAUGAUCACCACAUCCACCUGGUUGCCACAGCCCUUUCGGCCCUAAUGGCCAAAUUGCUCAUCCCAAUCAUCAUCUUUCAUGUCGGCCUCGUGCCGAUCGUUGUCGCGGCAGCAGCUACCGCACCACCACCAGUGAUCGACGAUGACCGGUCCGCACUCCUCACGUUCCUCUCCAACGUCUCGGCAGACCCCGGCGGCGCCCUCGCGGACUGGGGCCGCUCGCCGGAGUUUUGCAAUUGGACGGGUGUCAUGUGUGGCGGCCCUGGCAGACGGCGUGUCACGCAGCUGGUGCUUAGUGGAAAGGGGAUCUGUGGCGUGAUCUCGCCGGCCCUGGGGCGGUUGGCUUUCGUCAACGUGCUUGAUCUGUCGAGCAAUGCUUUCGCCGGCGCUAUCCCACCGGAGUUGAGCGCACUGUCAAUGCUGACGCAGCUGAGCUUGACGAACAACCUCCUCGAGGGCGCGAUCCCCGCCGGCCUCGGGCUCCUCCAGAAGCUCUACUUCCUUGACCUCAGCGGCAACCGGCUCUCUGGCGGCAUCCCGGAAACGCUCUUCUGCAACUGCUCCGCGUUGCAGUACCUGGACCUCGCCAACAACUCCCUCGCCAGCGACAUCCCCUACGCCGACGAGUGUCGCCUUCCCAGCCUCCGGUACAUCCUCCUCUGGUCGAACGAUCUGUCCGGUGCGAUCCCGCCGGCGCUGGCCAACUCCUCCAUGCUUGAAUGGAUAGACUUCGAGUCGAAUUACCUCGCCGGCGAGCUGCCGUCGCAGAUGUUCGACAGGUUGCCGCGGCUCCAGUACCUCUACCUCUCGUACAACAACCUCUCCAGCCAUGGCGGCAACACCGACCUGGGCCCUUUCUUCCGUUCCCUGAGGAACUGCACUCGCAUGCAGGAGCUCGAGCUCGCCGGGAACGACCUCGGCGGGCAGCUUCCGCUGUUCGUCGGCGAGCUCCCGCGUGGCCUCCGGCAACUCCACCUCGAGGGCAACGCCAUCUCAGGCUCCAUCCCGCCCAACAUUUCCGGCCUCGUCAACCUCACCUACCUCAACCUCUCCAACAACCUGCUCAACGGCUCCAUCCCGCCCGACAUGUCGCGCAUGCGGCGGCUUGAGCGGCUGUACCUCUCGAACAACCUCCUCUCGGGCGAGAUCCCCCGAUCCAUCGGCGACAUCCCGCACCUCGGCCUCGUCGACCUGUCCAGCAACCGGCUCGCCGGAGCGAUCCCGGACACGUUCUCCAACCUCACGCAGCUCAGGCGGCUAAUGCUGCACCACAACCAGCUCUCCGGUGCCAUUCCUCCCAGCCUCGGAGACUGCCUGAACUUGGAAAUCUUGGACCUAUCCUAUAAUGGCCUGCAAGGCCCGAUCCCUGCGUAUGUCGCCUCCCUGAGCAGCCUCAAGCUGUACCUGAACCUCUCGAACAAUCACCUAGAGGGGCCUCUCCCUCUCGAGCUCAGCAAGAUGAACAUGAUCCUGGCGCUCGACCUGUCGGCGAACAAGCUUGCCGGUACGAUCCCGUCGCAGCUCGGUAGCUGCGUCGCGCUCGAGUACCUCAACUUCUCCGUCAACGCGCUGGGGGGCGCGCUCCCGGCGUCCGUCACGGCGCUGCCGUUCCUGCAGGUGCUCGACGUGUCGCGCAAUGUGCUCUCCGGACCCCUGCCCGAGUCCCUGCAGGUGUCCACCUCGCUCCGGGAGGCUAACUUCUCGUACAACAACUUCUCUGGUAUGGUGCCGGACGCCGGUGUGCUCGCAAACCUCUCGGUGGAGGCGUUCCGAGGCAACCCCAACCUUUGCGGCCAUGUUCCCGGCAUUGCCAUCUGCGAACCGAAGCGCGCGCGCCGCCGUCGCACACUUUUCCCUGCCGUCGUUGGCAUCGUCGUUGCGGUGUCCCUCCUGCUAUGCGCGGUCGGGUGCCGGUCCAUGGUGACCGCGAGGGCGAAGCGGUCAGGGCGCCAGUCCAUGCGCCUCGUCGACGUCGACGACCAGGCGGAGAGGGAGCACCCAAGGAUAUCGUACCGGGAGCUCUCCGAGGCAACCGGCGGUUUCGUCCAGGCGUGCCUGAUCGGCGCCGGCAGCUUCGGGCGCGUCUACGAGGGAACGCUCCGAGACGGCACGCGCAUUGCCGUGAAGGUGCUCGACCCGAAGGGCGGCGGCGAGGUCUCCGGCAGCUUCAAGAGGGAGUGCGAGGUGCUCAGGCAGACACGGCACAAGAACCUCGUCAGGGUGAUCACCACCUGCAGCACGGCCAGCUUCAACGCGCUCGUGCUGCCGCUGAUGCCAAACGGCAGCCUCGAGGACCACCUCUACCCGCACGGCGACAAUGACGGUGAGCUCGGCGGCGGCCUGGACUUCGGCCAGAUCAUGGGCAUCGUGAGCGACGUCGCCGAGGGGAUGGCCUACUUGCACCACUACGCGCCGGUCAGUGUCGUGCACUGCGACCUCAAGCCGAGCAAUGUCCUCCUCGACGAGGGGAUGCGCGCCGUGAUAUCGGACUUCGGCAUCGCGCGGCUCCUCGCCUGCGGCGUCGGGGAAGCCAGCAGAACGAGCGACGAGUCUGCGCCGUGCAACUCCAUCACCGGACUAUUGCAAGGCUCAGUUGGGUACAUCGCACCUGAGUAUGGAUUAGGAGGGCAUCCAUCGACGCAGGGCGACGUGUACAGCUUCGGCGUGAUGCUUCUUGAACUGAUCACAGGGAAGAGGCCAACGGACGUGAUCUUCCACGAGGGGCUCACGCUGCACGACUGGGUCAGGCGGCACUACCCGCACGACGUCGCGGCCAUCGUCGCGCACGCGCCGUGGAGGGAGCGCGAGCUGCAGGCGGCAGCCGACGUGGCGGUCGUCGAGCUGAUCGAGCUCGGGCUGGUGUGCACGCAGCACUCGCCGGCGCUGCGGCCCGCCAUGGCCGACGUCUGCCACGAGAUCACAUUGCUCAAGGAGGACCUCGCCAGGCACUGCGGCCGCCGGUCGCUCUCGACCAAGGACUCGCUGUUCUCGAAUUGAAUAAACAUCGAAUUUAUUAGGAUUAUAUUUCAUUAGUGCACACACACACACACACACACCAGGAAGCAUCAUCGAUUUGGUGCUGCUGUUUUCUUGGUGGUGGAUUUGAUCGAUCGUCUCUUGCCACCAUGAAUUAGGUUAUUGGAUGCAUGGUUGGGAGUCGCCUACUAAGAACUAGCUAGUGCUAAUUCUUUGAGUUGUUAAUUCUGCAUUGGAGAAGGCACUCGAUUAAUCUGUGUUGCAAACAUGUCGGACUCCAAUAGCCGUAGGAAGAGAAAAUGCUCUUGAGUUAAGUUGGAGCUCUGCCAUUCACUAACGAAGUCGGCACUGUUCGAAGCAUCUGAUGACGGUGCGUGCUCUCUUCACCACGAACAUUGUACUAGUUUAAUGUUGUUCGUGAUUUGAUAGGAACUUCCAUGUUCUUGUCAUGGAGAUCAGU